CGAGAAGUCACGUUUUUGAUGCUUGGCAUGUGUGAGGGUUUGCACGUGGGUGUGCACGCAGGGUGGGUUGGGCACCCUCCCUUGGGCCGGUGUGGCACACGCUUCCCUCAUCUUGGCGGAGCCUGUGCACUGCCCUCUGAGAACAGAGCUUUUCUGCACGGGGCCCAUUCUGGGAAAAGUGCUUGUUUAUAGGCUGCAUUGUUUUCAUUCAAAAUUCAGUUCUGUGGCGUCCCAGAGGGAACGUAUAUAUUCCUACAACUGUUUACUGUGUGGAAGAGGUUCUACUUCCUGGAAGGACUGCAGUGAGAAAAUGCACCAGGCUGUUCCCCGUGCCCUGGAGGAUGUCAGGAGGGAGUUCACCUUGAGUCCUCACGACCAUAAGCUGCCCAGAAAUCCCAGCCACCUGCUCCCCUCCCCUCCCACAGGCCUGCAGCUCAUGCUCCAGGGGGAUCCCCAGGGAGUGACCCCGGGAAGGAGGGAGCUGAUUAAAAACUCAGAUUCUUGAGUCCCGGGAAUUUAGAGAUCUGGGGGUGGGGUUAGAGAUUCCGGGGGUAUUUGUGCUCCUCAAAGGAAAUUCCUUCCCUUGACACAGCCUCACCUGAGACUUCAGAGUCUGCACUGCUGGCUUUUCCUCUGAGCUGUUCUUUGGCUUCAAAUGGCCUGGCCUUACCCUCCUUGCUUGUGUUCUAAGAAAAGCCCCAGCAUUUGGAGCAAAAGCACUGCUGGGGUUGGGGGGAUGGCUGCCCUCAGCCUGUGGUGACCUCAGGGGAGCAGCCAACCUGAAGCAGGUUCACUACUCAGGAGCCCUUCUCUCUGGGGGGCGUCCUGUGAGCCCCACCCCAGGGAGCCAGAGGAAGCCCCUUCCCGGGUGGGGUCUACAUAAGGCACAUCCAGAUGGGGGCAGAGUUUUCUCCCUCUAGCGGAGGGACCUGGUGAUCUGCAUUUGAAAAGAGCUUCUGCGCCCCAGGAGGCUCUGGUAGGAAACCAGCCAUGGGAGCUGCUGGGGUGGACAGUUCCUGUCCUGUGACCAGGUGGAGCCACACCCACAUCCUUGGAGAUGCAUUCAUUUUUAUCUUACUGUUUUUUUAAGCUCUACACCUAACACGGGGCUUGAAGUCACGACCCCAUGAUCCAGAGUCACAUGCUCUAUCGGCUGAACCAGCCAGGUGCCCCUUUAUCUUAUUCUAAAGCGCCCCCCAAAAGGACAUUUGUCUUUCACCAGCCUUGCCAGAAACGGCACUAGGCACGGCCAGCUGGGCAGUUCCUCGCCCCUAGAAAACGGGAAUAACAUCUCACCUGCCGCCAACCAGGCUCAGAGGGCAGUUUAUUUCUCAGCAGAGCCAGGGGCCAGGCACAAAGCAGCUAACCAGUAAACACGGAGUUGACUCGGACUCUAGUAGAUGCAGGACCGCAAAGCCUUGAUGAGGCCCACUGCCCCCUCGCAGACCGCAGGUUCUGUGGGGCGCCCGUCUUCCCCUUUCCUGUAUCAUUUACUCGACGCCAAGCCCGUUUGUGGUGCGCAGCCCUGGGUCCCUGGGCCCCAAAUAUUCAUCUCCAAGGGGCAGUGCGGCCUUGCGUCCUGGCUGUCCUCCCUGUGGGGCUGAGGCCCCAGCCCUUGGCCACUCUGCGCCCUUGAACAGGGACUGGGCCAGCUCGCUCCUGCUGUGGCCCGCCAGCCCCAGGGGCAACGGGAGGGAGGGCCACUUAGAAGAAGUAGAAGAACCAGAUAGCCAGGAAGAAGAGGAGCAGCUGCUCGGUGCUCACAGAGUAUUCCAUCUCCUGGAAGCCUGGCCGCAGGACCCUGCAGCACCUGGGCGCCCGGGCGGAGCAGGCUGCCCUAGCCCCCGGCCGCACUGCUGCUCCCCGCGCGUCUCCAGCUCGAGACCGCCCGGCCGCGCGGAGCUUUUCCAUCCCCCAGGAAACCAGUCCUCUGCCACGGAGGUUGCUGUAAGUAGGUCUGCAGACAAAGCGACCUGUCCCUGGAGGAAGCCGCCGCCCGCCCGGCUUCCAGGCCGUUGCUAGCCUCCUGCCGGCGGGCUUGUAAUACUGGGCCAGCUGCCAUUGUGAGGGCUGUGGGCGGGGCGGGGCGCCUCAGGGCUGUCCCCUCCCUCGGAGGUGGCCCCUCCGCCCUCUUCCAGUCCCCUCAAGUCCCUUUGCAGCCUGCUCCGGCAGGGUCUUUCCUUCCAGAUCUAGGCUGGAAGGGACUGGCUGGGCUGGGGAUCAGCCAAAGAUGCUCUGUCCAGCCAUAGGUGGCAGAGGCCAUACCCCAGGCUCCACCCCGCAGUGAUGCACUCCCUCUCUUAUAAAGAAGUGCCAUGGCCCAGAGGGGUCACAAGAUCUCCAGAGUGGCACGGGAGGAAGUGAGGAAGAAGGGACAAGAGGCACCCUUCCCUCCACCAAAGUUGACAGGGCAUUUGUGCGUCUACACUGCUGAGGGUCCUCGAGUCACACUUGUGGAAAACAGAAACUCCCUUACCUCCAUAUUCCCACCUGAGAGGGGAGUAAUGGGAGCGUGCCAAGAAGCUGUCCUCGAGGUCUCCAGCGUCUGAGUCCCUGAACCCUGCUCCGGGUCCAGAGAGCCACAAUUACAGUCACUGCAGCUCCUGUCACAUCGCAGCCACACGGCUGCCAAUGACAGCACAGAGGCUGGCACCCCUCCCCCACAGGCCCCCACAGACAGGUCCACGUGCGUCCCCAGAUGCCUGAAUCACUGCUGACGGUUUGGGACCUGGAGGCCGUGGGCUCCUGGGGAGCCACUGGGGAGGGGGGUGGCGGUCACGUCGUCUCCCAGGAACACCUGCGGACAUAAAUAGGCAGCGAGCGAAGGCAGCCCAGCACAGUCCGCACAGCGGCCCCACACACUGUGCCCACCUGCUCCAGGAUGCCGGACACCAUGCUACCCGCCUGCUUCCUGGGCCUGCUGGCCUUCACCUCCGCCUGCUACUUCCAGAACUGCCCGAGGGGUGGCAAGAGGGCCAUGUCUGACCUGGAGCUGAGACAGUGCCUCCCCUGCGGCCCCGAGGGCAAAGGGCGCUGCUUCGGGCCCAGCAUCUGCUGCGGCGACGAGCUGGGCUGCUUCGUGGGCACGGCCGAGGCGCUGCGCUGCCAGGAGGAGAACUACCUGCCGUCGCCCUGCCAGUCGGGCCACAAGCCGUGCGGGAGCGGGGGCCGCUGCGCCGCCGCGGGGAUCUGCUGCAACGACGAGAGCUGCGUGACCGAGCCCGAGUGCCGGGAGGGCGCUGGUUUUCACCGCCGCGCGCGCGCCAGCGACCGGAGCAACGGGACCCAGCUGGACGGGUCGACCGGCGCCCUGCUGCUGAGGCUGGUGCAGCUGGCGGGGGCGCCCGAGCCCGCGGAGCCCGCCGCACCCGGCGUCUACUGA